UGUUUAAUCACUAAUAAAACAAUUGACAACGCUAACUGACCUACUUGUCCACUAUUUGUGGUCGAACAAUUGCUUAAACUUUAAUCGUUGAUCUUAUUGGUCAUGGAAAGCAUAUGGAUACAAAAGCAAAAGCAUUUCAAUGGAUUAUUCUCGGUUGUAUGUCAUUUUCGUCAUUUUUUAUAUCUAUGAUAACCUUGCACGGCGUUUUAUUACAGUCAAUCAAGCGAAAUGUAUGCGACUCUGCGCGCUGGGCAGUUUAUUAUGAUUAAUUUGCGUAAAAUGUGCACAUUCAUGGGAAGUAUCAGCAUGCGAUCACUUACCAAACGUAAAUAUUUAAACAAAUCUAUUUAGAUUACAUCAUAGUUCUAUGAAGCAUCUAAAUAAUUAAUUGCAGCCAUACUCUCAUUGAACUUUAUGAGAAAAUGCAUUAUUUCAUGCGUUUUUUUUAAGUUUGACUUGAAAAACAGUUUUUUCAUAAAUAAAUUUUGUUUUAAUUACAAAAACGCUGUCGUCUUAAAAUUUCCAACAAAAGAUUGAUGUUUAAUAGAUUAUUGUAUUAAAAUUAACAUAAAUAUGGCUUAUUUCUUCUAAAAUUAUAUCAAAACUGCAGAAAACUUGGUUUUGGCAAAUUUUUGAAUAGCGCACUUUUGCUUUGACUGAAAUGACUACAAAUUUCAAAUUUGUCACUUGAAAAAAUGACGUUGUGACCUUUUCCGCGAUAUUUAAACCAAUUUAAAAGUGUUUUACCUUAUUUUACACGUGAUUUUACACCGGCGUUGAGCUUGUUAUUGCAAGACGAUGGCACAGCGCUAUGAAACAAUGAAGAACAUGGCGUUCCUUUCCCGAAAGCUCGAUGAACUUGUCAUUAUUCGAGCGGUGCAAAGUUUCAGCGCGAAAAUGUUGCCGUUCUUCAACUCGGAGAGUUUUCCGUAUCUCAACGAGUACUACAGUUCAAUAAUGGCUAGUGAUUCAUCCCCGACGGCCGAUAACAAAGAAUUCUCAUAUCCUGCUCCCGGCCGAUCAACCCCACCGCCAACAACGAGUUAUGUUUCCGCACGUCAGGAAUCACAGGCGAUCGCUAUCGAUCAAAACAUCGCAAAACCCAUUCCCGAAAAAGAAACCGACGAUCUCAAAGAGAAAGACGCCAAGGAGAAGGAAAAGGAUGAUGUGGACAUGUCGGCGCCCGAUGCUAAUCCAGGCUACAAGCCCGAAGAGCGCAAAGACGACAAGCGGGACUUCAAAGAAGAUAAAGGCGGCGGUGGUGGUGAUACAAAAUUAAACGGGGGUAGCAAGCUGGAGACGGCAUUCAUGCUGCCGCUCGACGCGAAAGAUGAUGAAGUGGAAGAGGAAAGCUGCACGGUCAAUUGCCUCUACUAUACGAUGCAAUGCUGCGAGUGCGUCAUUACAUAACCCCGUUCAAGAUGGCACCGGAAAUUGAUAUAAUUUAAGCGCCUAUGGUCGCAUGUGUGCAGAAUACGCAAGAUGGCGUGUCUUCCGGCGCGCACAACGCGUUGUUAUUUAUCUAUUAUUUCGUUUAAUGCUACGAUUUUAUCUAAGUAAUUGGCGCCAUCUAAACACUAUAACAUUCCGUUUUAAAACAUUUCGAAUGCCAUGUAUGUACAAAAAACAAAUAUUUUUUUAGGUUAAACCUUCGAACGUGCGUGUGGUUUUGUAUAUUUUCUAGAAACAUGCGCAGUGCUGCCGAGAACAAUUAUUCGCUUAAAAAUCUCAAAAUGGCCGACUACGAACAAUUUGUGCACUCGAAUGUUGGCAACGUUUCAUUUCGUCAAUUGGCAACACUGCCAUCUACGAAAAUUGUUCAGAUACGCUUAACAUUUAAUCAUUAAGCAUACUUAACAUUUAAGUAUGCGCCUGGCAAAACAUCUACUGAGUUUACUCUCUGGCUCUAUUCUUUACUGGCAGCGUGUGUGUGUACAUUUUUCUGUCUGAGUAUGUGUGAGUGAGUAGAGAGAAAUGUGGAAUGUGGUGAAACUAUUUUUAUAUAAUAAAAUCGGAUGAGUGAUGCAAAAACACUCUGUAUCAAA